AUGUAUGUAAAAGAUAAUCCUUUCAUAAGAAAUAGAUCAAGUACCAGAAUUACGAACGCCCCUGGUGGAAAUUCGACUGUAUCAUUUGGAAAUUAUAUAGAUAAGGAAAAUAAAAAAGUUAGCAAUAAAAAUGAAAAAGGCAAUUUAAAUUGUAGUGAUAAUGUAAGAGCAGCUGGAAACCUAGAACCAAGUAAAAUGCCUUCUGAAUCAGACAAAAAAACAAAUGUAAAAGUCAACCAACCACCUGGUGGAGCAUCAAGCAUUAUAUUUGGAUAA